GAUCUCGGGUGUCGCUCCCUGGAUACGGAAUGCGCGUUUCUAUCAUGUUUGCAAUGAACGUUUGCAAUGAAGUGCAGUGGCACAUCUGACCAUGGUUACAAUGAUGGUGGAACAUGGAUGGAGGCUGAUACUUCAUUCUGGGAUCCGUGUUCAUUUGAUGGCCAAAUGAUGUUCGAACGUAGAGGUCAGUUGAUAUUGUACCAUGAAUGACAGGUAUCACAAGGCGGCCCGGGAUGGCUACCUGGACUUGUUGAAAGAGGCUACACGGAAGGACCUUAACGCGCCCGACGAAGAUGGCAUGACGCCGACUUUAUGGGCUGCUUAUCACGGCAACCUAGAAGCUCUACGGCUGAUCGUCGGCAGAGGGGGCAACCCCGAUAAGUGUGACAUAUGGGGCAACACGCCACUUCACCUGGCGGCUGCCAACAGGCACCACAACUGCCUCUCCUUCCUGGUGUCUUUUGGUGCCAACGUGUGGUGUCUGGACAACGACUACCACACCCCGCUGGACAUGGCCGCCACCAAGAACCACAUGGACUGUGUUCGCUACCUGGACUCCAUCGCUGCCAAGCAGUCGGCCCUCAACCCGAAGCUGGUGAGCAAGCUGAAGGACAGGGCGUUCCGCGAGGCGGAGCGCCGCAUCAAGGAGUGCGUGCAGCUGCAGAGGAAGCACCACAAGCGCAUGGAGCGCAAGUUCCACAAGGAGGCGUCCGAAGCCUCCAUGUCCGACGCCAUGAGCUUCUCCAGCUACACCGGCAGCUCUGUGAGCCGCAAGCUGCACCACCUCAACGCUGCCACCGUCAGUGUGCCAUACUCUCAGGUGACUCUCCACGCCACAUCCCGAGGGAAGACCAAGAUCCAGAAGAAACUGGAGAAGAAGAAACAAGGGGAGGGGACCUUUAAGAUCUACGAGGACGGCAGGAAGAGCGUGCGCUCCCUCUCCGGUCUUCAGCUGGGCAACGACGUCAUGUUCCUCAAGCAGGGCACCUACGUGAACCCCAAAGACCGCGCCCGCCGGAACGUCCGCGACAUGUUCCCCGGGGACAACGACGAUGCCAUCUCGCGUGCCAUGAGCGAGCCAGAUCUCCACGGGCCCGACGUGGACUACUCUGUCAUAAGCAACGACUCAGGUCACGACUCCCUGUUCAACCGCCCGGGCCUGGGAACCAUGGUGUUCCGGAGGAACUAUGUCAGCGGGGGUUUGUUUGGCAUCGGCAGACGGGACGAGGGCAGCGUGGUGGGCACAGAGCGGCCCGGCGCCAACGUGCGUCUGCGCAGCCGGCUGCAUCGUUCCCCCAGCCUGGACAGUAUCGGCAGUGCCCGCAGCCUGCAGGAGAGGAACAUGCAGGAGCUGCCCUGGGAUGAGGUGGAGCUGGGCCUCGAUGACGACGACGAACCCGAGACCAAUCCUCUGGAAGUCUUCCUGGCCAUGCAGAGCAUGAAUGAGUUCAUGCACAUCUUCAAGAGGGAGAAGAUUGACCUGGAGGCACUGCUGCUGUGUUCAGACCAUGACCUCAAGAGCAUCCACAUCCCCCUAGGGCCCCGUAAGAAGAUUCUGGAUGCCUGUAAGAGACGCCUAGAUACCAUAGAGGACCCUGACAGUAUAGACGACACAGAGUUGUGAUUGCUGCUUACAUAACGAGCCCAUGAGUUGACAUGUCUCCAGGAUAAGUAUCUACAAAUGAAAACAUUUGUGGAAUUGUUUGAAUGUAGAUGGGGAGAUGUUAUAACUCCAGCCAUAUAACACAACAUAUCAGCCAGCCAUAUAUUACCUAAUACAUAAGGCUUAUCUCAGUUUGCUCUGUUUUGUCAUUGUACAGAUAAAAAUACAAGCGAUAAGCCGUAAAUCCUACUGUGUGCCUCUCACCCAACCUUAAAGGUCAGCGGUGGGCUGUUGAGAGGAUGUUUUGUAUGCAGGGAAAAGACUGCUCCGCCUCUUUAAAUGGGUAACAUGGUGACAACCCAGGCUAGAAGGACCUUGUCAAGACAAAUAUCAAUGAAAGGGUAUAUGUGCCCAGAAACCUAAACAAGUUUCCUGUGGUCAGACAGAUAGGAUUUAUAGUAGAGAGAUACUAUUUAGACACACUGCAUCACAAGAGUCAUCAACACUGCACUGUUAGGAGUAGCUGUUCAAUAAUCUUAGAGACUGCUGGGACCUCCAUCAACAGUACCAGCAACAGCCAGUCAACAAUUUACAAUGUACUAUGUAGCAUAGUUUAUGCAGAGCCUAAAAUGGGGUUUUCCCCUUUUGCCUCUUCCUUUAGGCCUAUGUUUACCCCUGUGGGGCAUGUAGUGUUGUACCAUCUCCUGUGCCUGUACUAGAUACAAAAUGAAUGACGACAUUAAUUCAUACCAUGGUCACUUGUUGUUUUUUACCUAUAGUUUGGCUUUGGCCGUUUAACUAUACGAGUACAUUUCUUUACACGCUGUAUGCCUGAAGUAGAGGUUUCAGUUUGGUCAACUGGAAAAGAAAGCCAAUUAUUUUGAUUCUAGUUUAUUUGGGGCUAGAAGAAAGAAAAUGGUUAAUGUCUGGUGACGUUAGUUUAUUAUUGCAUAUCAAUGUUACAGAAGAACACUUCACAUUAACCUUUACAGUUUGACAUGACAGAUGCAGGCUAUAAUUUAUAAUCUCACCUAGAUGUCCGUAUGUCUUUAUACUUUUAUUUUGGUAUUGUCUUCCAAGGGUUGAUGGUAUUG